CGGAAAUAUCAAAGACCCAACAAUGACCUGCAAGAUAGAAAGUCUGAAGACUGUUUCCUACGUUGUCUGAGUGAAAUCUGAGUCAUGUAUGAGCCUCGGCACUAUGACAGCCCCCCUGUGUACAGUCCGCCUUAUAGCUCCACCUCCUACAGCAUCUACCCCGGCAGAAGCAGCCACUCUCCCCAGACCCAGUAUGUCCCCUACUCGCACAACCUGCCUCCAAGCUCCUACUAUAAAGAUGAGAAACCUCAGCACUUCUACCACUGGUUUUCUCCUCCUGGAUUUGUCAAAACCUUCCAGGGGGCCACAGUGCUUAUGUGUUUUGUCAUCUUCGCCUGUGUGGCUUCCACCUUAGUGUGGGAUAUGAGUGGAAUCGGGUAUGGGGCCUAUGGUGUUGGGGCUCCAGGAGGAGGUGCUGCAGGAAUAGAGUCAGGAUACUAUGGUGGCAGCUACGGCUACGCCAGCUCCUACAUGACUCCACAGUCCGCAAAGUCGGCAAUGAUCUCCAUGGCAUCCAUCAACUUCCUGGUUUCAUUGGGGUUCCUGGUGGGGAGCUUCUCGCGAUCACAAGUAACACGAAGAUGCAGGUUCUACCUCUUUGUGUUCAUCUGUGACAUCAUCCUAGCGGUCCUUCAGGGCAUCAUCAACAUUAUCUUUGUGAUCGGGGUAAACCCGAUGUCUCAGAGCUCGCAAAGUAUGCUGUACAACCCCAUGCUGAUGAUGUGCCAGAACAUCCAGGGCAGCCCCAGCCUCAGUGGCAGUGCGGGAGCUAGUUUUCCAGGGGGAUAUCCUUUGUACACCCAAUACCUACACCACUACUGCUACAUGGACCCUGAGGAGGCAGUUGCAUUGGUGUUGGGUCUGAUGGUGGUGCUGGCACUGUCCCUGGCUGCUUACUAUGCCUACAAGACCCGGAGCAAAAUGUGGCGCCAUGGGAAAGCUAACAUCUACUGGGAUGAGCCGCUAGUCCAAAUCCCAGAGGGCCAGGCUGUGCAAGACUGGGUGAACCAUGUUGGCGAUGCACGCAGCACCCAGCAGGCGCCGACCGUUGUGUCAGAGAGAGCAGCACCUGACCUGAGGGCGGUGGACAGCGCGGUUACCUAUGGCAACACAGCAGUCAGCAUCCACAGAGAGGGACUUUGUAAGAGCAAGAGCUUGUCUGCUAGCAACAUUCAUCAACAAGGUACAGAGCCUCUGUACCAGAACAGCAGGGUCACAGUUUACUCCAGCAGCUCCUCAUCCGAAGCGCCUCCUUGCCAUACAGACAGGGAACAGACGAAACACCGAGGGCCCAGACCCCCUAGUCAAGAGAUGAUAGCGUCUCAGUGUGAAACUGGUUACACCCCUGGUGGAGACACUGGCAAUGAGCUGAACCAGGACUACACAGAUUAUCUCCACAGGCUGUACCCAGAGAUAACUUCAGACCUGCAGCGCCGGCAGUACAAGAGGGAGUUUGUCUCUGAUCUGGUCCACUACAGGAGCCUGUGUGCCGAGCUGGACCACAUCAGUGACCAGAUCCACAAGCUGAGCCGGGAACUGGACACCCUGGAGGAGGGUUCCAAGAAGUACCAGGGUGUUGCAGACGAGUACAACAGACUGAAAGACCUGAAGAGGAUGCCAGACUAUCAAAGAAAGAAGAAACAAAGCCGAGAACUGAGGCAAAAACUCUUCCACAUUAAACGCCUGGUGAAAAACUAUGAUUGCGGUCUUUGUUAGUACUGGAACCAUUAGGAACUGGUCGACAGAGUGAAAAUGGUUGGGCGUGGCCUGCCUGAAGAAACAAGACAACAUUCAUCCAGCACUGAACCAUGGCUCUGAACUUUUUCAGUUUUGACUAGUGAUGGCCAAACGAGGCCUCAUGAAGCCUGUUGAGUUUUUUUCUGAGCCCAUUAGAUGGUGUCUUUUAAUAAAACACAAACACAUUCACACCUAUGGUCCAUUUGAAGUUUCCAAGUCACCUGGCCUGCAUGUGUGUGGAAGUGGAAAGAAAUCAGAGCUUCCCAGAGGAAAUCCACAGAGACACGGGGAGAACAUCAAGCCUCAAUUACUAAGUCACAUGGCUUUGAUAAAAAGUUAGGAAUUAUUGCCAUUUUUAUGUGUGUGUGUG